AUGACCACAUUGGAAGUCAUCUACGGUCACCCACGUAAGGAUGUGCAUACUAUCAGUUUUCUCUUGGGCAUCGACCUCCUCUUAUUCCUCCCCUCCCGCUGCCCCCUUCAACGCCACGUCUUCCUCUGCUGCAACCACCACCUCGCCUGUGUCGGCGCCCUCCCGAAGGCUUCCCCUUUUCCGCCGCCUGGAGGAGUUCGCGAGGAGCGGUGGUUCGAGGGGGAGGGGUACGAGGCGAAGCACGUGCAAGGCAGGCGGUGGGACGGCGACACGGGCGUCCGGUUUUGCACUGACGCUGGGCCGACCUUUGAAUCCUAUGGAGUAGCUCGCGGAUCGGCAGGGAAGUCUCUGAUGCUCACAAAAAGCUCCUUUCAGAAUUGGUUUAGGGUUCACGAGGCGAUAUUACGACUGUAAUUAACUUGUUAGAUCCCGAAGGGAGGAUUUCAUGCAAAUUGAUAGCAGUUGAUGCUGGAUUACAGAAAACAAAUUAACCUGUGAAAGAAGUCAGCUCACUUUUAUCAAAUUUUAUCUAGUCAAAUGCAAGUAAAUUGCUAUGGUUCUUAUUA